AUGGCGCCACCAACAGGGAAGCGCGUCAAAGGCGUCCAAAUAUUCCGACCCUUCGUUUACGGCACAACCGCCCGGCCUUUCGACGAAAAGACGAAUCCCAAACCGCCCGGCGUACCGGACGACCAUACGCACUCCUGGACAGUUUUUGUCAAGGGAAUUGACGAUGUCGACAUCACCUACUGGUUACGGCGCGUACAAUUCAAGCUGCACGAGUCCAUCCCCAACCAUGUACGGAUGAUCGAAGGCCAAAAAGGAAAGCCCUUCGAGCUGCACGAAACAGGCUGGGGUGAGUUCGAAAUCGCCAUCAAGCUGUACUACGUCCCGGAAUCGGCCGAGAAGCCGCAAACCCUGUACCACCACCUGCGGCUGCACCCGUACGGGCGGACCGAGGAGGAGAAAGAAGCCAUGCACCUUAACGGGGGGCAGGUGAUUUCCUGGUCGUACGAGGAGCAGCUGUUCAACGAGCCGUACGAGCCCUUCUACGAGAUCCUCACCUCGGGCGCCAUGCCCCCGUCCUCACCCCUCCCGCCCAACCACAACAGGUCAUCAUCAUCCGGGUCAAAAACCGGCGGCGGCAAGUCCAAGGAGAAGGACCAGGGGAAGAUGGCCGCGCGGUCCGAGGGAGGGGUUCUGGAGCGCAGCGCCAUGAUUCCGCUUACCAACCGGCCCGGGCAGCCGUUUAGUCGGGAGACUGAGCAGGUCGAGAUCAAAAAGUUGAAGGAAGCCCUGGUGAAAGUGGAGGAGCUGACUAAAAAGACGAGGGAGGAGAUGGAGGCCAAGGAGAGGAGGUUGAAGGAACUGAAGGCGGAAGCUGCUAAGGGAUGA